UUUAAAUGUGUCGCUAGAGGGGUCUGAAUACUCGCUAAAUAUAGCGACAAAGUCGCUAAAUUGGCAACAUUGUGUUUGGUUAGAUGGUAACGGAAUUUGUUUAUUUUUUAUUUUCAAGCAAAGUUUAGUGGAGUUAUACUCCAUUCUAGUAGGUGGCGGUAAUGCAACAUUUAUUGAAUGCCAACCUCCGUUAAAUUUAUAAAAAAAUGUCUGUUAUUUACGAUGAGCAGUUCCCCUCAUUUGGGGGAAUUAUGCCUUUUAAACAGUGGAUUAAGGGUGUAAUCAUUAGUCCAAACAGUUGCAAAACGAAACGAGAGUUUCUAUUGGACAAAUUCAGGGUUAUUUAGUCAACAUUUGACGCGAGAGAUGGCGCAUACGGAAGGACUGGAAAAUGUCAUGGGAGAGUGUUCAGGAAAACAGAGGUCGACUCUUGGCCUGAGAAGUCGACCAUGCUCCAGCGAAAGAGAUGGCCAGGUCCGCGUUGUUAAAGCCUCGCUUCAGGAGAGACUCGGACCUUACGAGCCGGUGUUGACCUACCUACAGUCCGUUCUGGUGUGGGAAAGGCCGUUUCAGAGUGUGCUACUGUACACAGUGGUCAACGUUGUGUUCUGGUUCUUUGCCCUGACCUCGCUGCGCCUGCUCUUCCUGCUGUCCUCUGGCCUGCUUGUAUUCAUCUGCGUUGAUAGCUGGAGGAACAAGAUCUGGCCUGAGAUCAGAGUUAAAAAACCUGAUGAGUCUGAAAAUGAAAGCUGGGGCCUGGUGCAGCCAGGGGUGCUCAGUGUUCCAGAGCUGUGUCACCACAUUGCUGAGGUCUGGGUCUCUGGGCUGGCCUUCAUAUCCAGCCUGGUGCAGUUCAAACGCCACAACCCUGGCAAGUUCUGCCUCCUGACCUGUGCCCUCUUGACUUGUCUGGUCAUGGUUGGACGGUACAUUCCUGGACUGGUGCUCUCUUACUCUGCGGUGCUGGCUGUUCUGCUGUGCCCCCUGGCAGCGUACCACCGCGUGUGGCAGCGUGUGUGUGUGAAGCUGGAGCCGGCCCUGCAGUGGCUGGACUUCAGUGUUCGCGGGUAUAUGAUGUCAAAGCCCAUCGACAACCAGUUCCUCCGCAAGCCAAUUCGGGGUGCAGCAUCCGGUGAUGACAGUGAGGAGGAGCUUGCUGCAUUCUGCCCGACGUUUGACGAUGCUAUAGUGGCCAAGGAACUUGCGAUGACCGACUCUGAGCACUCUGACGCUGAGGUCUCGUACACAGACAAUGGGACCUUUAAUCUGUCCCGUGGCCAGACUCCUCUCACAGAGGGCUCAGAAGAUUUUGAUAGACACAGUGACAAUGAGGAGUCGUUUGCACGAGACCUCAAUGACUUCCCCUCCAUCAACCCAGACGCCACCCUGAUGGACGAUGACGACGACUCAUGCAUCGGGCUGCCCAGCCUGGGUCUUCGGUCUGGGCGGACUGGCCCCCGAACCACGGCCGAGCUGCUGGAUGUGGAAUCCCACCUGGACUCUGACCAGGACGACCUGGACGAGGAGCUCUCCUUCGGCGGCCUCCCCCCUGCUUCUGACUUCCUCGGAGGUGACAUGGCUGGAAUCAUCGCUAGCAACAUGAUUCAGGCGGCAUUGGCUGGUGCCAUGCAGCCUCGUCCCCCUGCCGCCCGCAGAGAGAGGGUGGGGCCCACCAGAGCAGGGGCCCAUAGGGGCUACCGCAAGCAGUCUAGCUCGGAGCUGGACACAGACUUGGACGGAGAGGACUUUGAGAUGCUGGACCAGUCGGAGCUGAACCAGAUGGAUUCCUUUGGGGGUGCAGGAGGACGGGGAGGAGGGCAGGGUGGGGGACAGGGGUCCAGCUUCCUCUCCAACCUACUGGGGAAACCACAGUGAGGCGCCUCUACCUCUGCAUAACAAUCAAACGAAGUCUUUGUGUGUGUUUGAUUGGAAUGUUUAUGGAUUGUUUUGACUGCGUGUAUGUGUGAGUCAUUUAAUCGUAGGAUCCAGCAGCCAGGCUCCUGAUUGGCCUCAGUUGAUAUCACUGUGAAGUACUUCUGAUUUCUUUUUCUGUCUCACUUUUCAAUUUCUUCCUUUAGUCUGUAGCUUGUAUGUGUAAGCCACCAUCAUCCAGAAAGUCUUAUUUAGCAGGCUGAGCAAUAGGAAACGCAAUGUAAAAAAAACUCCAUCUGUUUUUGAAACAGCAUUACGGAACCACUUCUCUGUCCUGUCAUCCAGUAUGCCCUAGUGAGUAAUACGUUGUUUUUUUUUUAAGUCGACCACUAGGUAGUAUACACAUUUCCUAAAAUGCUAGACACACAGGGCUAUUUAAUAUGGGACCAAGUAUGACAUUCCUGUUGAUUAGUGAAGUUUUACAACUGCAAUGACCUUGUUUUGAAAUAGUUUUAGCAAUAUCUGACUGGUAUUCUCUUUUAGUAAAAACCACUGCUUUAAUUUUAAGACACUCAUUCUCUAUUAGAAACGAAGUAAAUAUUAAUGGUGAUAUUUUUUUUAGAUCAUUCUUGAUUGAGACAUUCAUUUGUUUUGAGUCUGAAAUCAUUGUUUUAAAGAAAGGGGAUUGGCAUUUUAGUUAAAUGUGUUUUACUGUCUCCACGCCGAAAUGUUUCUUCCUACACCAUUGGUCCUGUUUUGUUUGCUGUAUUUCUGGGUAGAGCCGUGAACGUAGGGUUGCCUCCUGUGUUCUCCAUGUGUCUUGAAUGAGCACUCAUGGGCUAUUUAGAUCUUUUUGUCUUUAUCAUCACAAUAAGUAACUUUUAUCAAGUUAACCUGCUCCUUGUAUCCCUUCUCCCGUGGCGUUCCCAAUCCCUGUCACCAUCUUCACUCAUUUUUGCCGAUCCUUCUCAGAGGAGAAUCUGUUGUAUAGACAUGCUUAUGUAAGAAGUACAGAAUAUAAACCUUUUAGUUUUACCUCUAAACUCAUGCAUGAACCACAUUUUGUAAACGUCUUAAAGUCAUCAGGAAAACAUGUUUACAUUGAUGGGUGAACAAAAUGCUGGUAUACAAAACUCAACCUGAUUAGCCUUUUUUAAAAGUGUAAUAUUUUAAAAUGUAAUAUGCUUGUCUUUUAAAAACUAGGGUGCAGUAAAUGUUAGCCUAUUCUUUUUUUUUUUUGUGCAGGUCAGCAUGAUUAACCUAUGAUGGACAAACAAGCUCCUGCUGCUUUUGUCUUUUCAUGGAAACAAUCUAAUAAAUAGGAGUGAUUCUUCUUGGUCAAUGAAACUGAAAUGACCCGCAGAUGGGUUUUGCUGAUGUAGCUGGAUCAAACAAUCAGAAAGAUGCUGGUUUAUAUAUGACAAAUUGCCCAAUGAUGCUAUUUGUGUUGUAUAGAAAAUCAUGACUGUGGGAGAUUUCCUACAAUAGAACUUCUAGAUCCGCUGUUCAUGGAGAUGGCCCAGAAAACAGAAUCUGUCUGAUCUGAAAAGGUUUGGGAUUUUAAUUAAAGAGUGAAUGUACAUGACUUGUUUUGGACCACUUUAGUUUAAAUAGGGGUUGUUGCAGUAUUGCUUCAUGAAGACGGCCAGGCAAUUCUUCAUUCUUAGUAUUAUGUUCUAUAAAUGUGUUCAGUACAGUUUUUUUUCUCUCUCUGACAUUGGUUUUGAUGUGCAAAUCUUAUUAAAUAUGAAGUCUGGAUUAAA